AUGAGUAAUCUUGAGAAAGAAGAUAACGUCUUUGCAGAAAAAGACGAUAGUGACUAUAGCCUAAUCGUCGAAGAUCAGGCCACCAUCAAUUCCAUGCUUGAUUUUUUAGAAAAUCAGACCGACUAUGCAACUCAAGAAAUCAUGGAAAGUUAUUUGUUACGGUUAUCGAUGUUUUACAAUCCGAAAACUGAAGGCAAGAAAACAAAACAGUUAGCCGAUUACUUGGCAGACCGAUAUCCGUCGUUGUACAUCCAUAUAAUAGAUCAACUGCACAAACGUAAUAAUAUAUUUAACUGGGAGAAAAAUAGCGAUAUUAUGGCCCUCUAUUCAUGCUACUGUGCGACGUCUGUACUCUGGAAUACAUGUGAUGCCUCGCCGAAAAUGUGUAAAGAGGUUGGCAAAGCUGGAAUUAUUGCCAUCAUAGUUGAAGAUCUAAAAGCCUUCAAGGCGUACUCAACAUCUACAAGUACACAUGAACUGACGGAUCGUUACUUGGGCAGCCUCCUAGCAACAACGCACAACAUCGUACGUAAUUACGAUGGCAACCGCCAUUACGCACGCGAUGCGGGUGCCGUGAAACUUCUACAGCACUACCUUGCAUUGGAGAAGAUAUUGUACAGAUCGUAUGCACUGUUGUCGCUGUCUUACAUCGUGAACGAAAAGGAGAACGAUAAGAUAAAUACUGGAAAUGAAAACAUUCAGUUCUUUGUCGACAUGUUGGAGUCCGCAGUAGAAGCCACAGAUCAUCGGGAGACGGUCCAUAACGGGUUUCACACAACAGAGCUGGUCGCUGGCAUGACAAAGUUAGCAGUCAAUGACUCCAACAAGAUGAAAUUAGUGGAGCAAGGUAUACUGCCGCCUCUGUAUAAACUAUUACAAUCUGACUGUACACACGACGAACAACGUCUAGCUGCUUGUGCACUGUGGACUCUCGCCUUUAAGAAAGAAAAUGUUGAUAAAAUACGGAAGUAUCCAGGUGUAGUUGACGCUCUUUCAAAACUCCAGAAAUCAGCGCAUCGCGGAGUUCGUGAAGCGUGUGAUGGUGCAUUAUGGGAAUUGGGAGAAACGACUAAAGGGGAAAAACCAUUAGAUGAAAGCGACAAAAGUCGCCAGGGACACAUUAUGAUAAGUUACAACUGGGAUGUUCAGAAAAGAAUGAUAAAAUUGAAAGAUAAACUCAAAUCAAAAGGGUAUAAUGUAUGGAUGGAUAUAGAGAAAAUGGGUGGUUCGACCUUAGAAGCAAUGGCCAACGCUGUCCAGGGAGCCGACGUUGUUCUCAUAUGCAUGUCAGAAAAAUAUAAGUUUAGUAAUUCGUGCAGAUCAGAGGCUGAGUACACUUACAAACUUGAAAAACCAUUCAUACCUCUUAAAGUACAAUCCGGAUACCAGCCUGAUGGAUGGUUGGGAAUCAUGCUUGGUACUAAACUGUAUUACGACUUUAGCACGGAGAACAGAUUGGAGGAAAAUUUUCCUGAUUUAGUCAAGGCACUCGGUGAUCAAGGAAAACGAGAUGAGCUAGCAGUAGCAAAACAAGAAUUUAAUACCAAUGCUGCACCAUCGAGUAUAAACAUUGGCCCAUCGACGAAACCAAAUGACGUGAAAUCAUGGAACAACGAUGACGUCAAAAAUUGGCUAAGAGACUAUGAACUGGGACACUUAACACCGAAGUUUGCAAAAUACGACGGCUACAAACUAUUGACUAUGAAAACACUUUCAAUCAAAGCCCCAGAGUUUUUCUAUGGAUCAUUGGACAAAAAACUGGGAAUUCGUGAUAUGUAUGAUAUCGUGACAUUUACAGCCGCCAUCGAAGAACUGUAA